AUGAGCGACGCGGCGAAACUCGCGGGCGAGGCCGCCUUGUCUCGCGCCUUCGGCCGCGUCACGCUCCGAACCCCGCCUCAGCCCUCUGACGCUCGUCAGGGAGAAGGCUCGGGCUCGCGCGCAGACGACGAGGGUUCCGGGGACGCAUGUCGUUCGCCCCGGCUGCCGGAACUUCCCGACGAGGUCAUCGAGCGGAUCAUUCGACACGCGCUGGGCGACGACGCGGAUCGCUGGAGUAUCGGCGAGCGCUUCCGCACCCCGCCAGCGCGGGGUCAGCCGAGGCCGUUCCGACAGCCCAGAGGACCGCUCCGCCUCGUGUGCAAGCGGUGGCGGGACACCGUCGACGCCAUGUGCGAGCACGUCGAGGUGGACAGGGCGGUGAUGGUUGGCGACGAAGCGCUCUGCGGUGUGAUCAAGGCGAUGCAUCUGAAAUCGCAACUCGAUUUCAUGCCCGCGGAGAGCAACAUCGAGACCUUGACGCUCGUCGGGUCCCACACAGAGGGAGGCGAGUUGAAGCUCGGGACUGAUGGCUUGCGGGAAGCGUUGCGGCUACUCAAGGACAGUUUGAAGUCACUCACGAUUCGGGAUACUGGCAUGGCGUUGGGGCGCAUACUUGACUUUGUGGAACAGACGAUACGCGAUCACGAUGCAGUCCUCAAGUCUCUGACGAUUGACGGGUACUCGCGCCAGUCCCGCGACGGGACGGCGCCUUUUGAGACGAGCAUGUGUUUUCCUGUUGAGAACCGGGCGAGUGACAUGCGGCAUCUGAAUGCUCUCCUGAAGAUUGGACGUGGUCUCGAGGAGUUGCAUCUCACGAACCUGCCUUGCCUGUUCUUAUACCCUCACCAACCCACCCACGACUUACGAGGGCAGUUGUUUUUGAACCACGCCAUAUUCAUCGGCGCACUGCAGGGAUCUUCGCUCAAGUCUUUGACUCUCGAUAGAGUCGGGCUUCACGAUCAGGCCGCAGAACGUAUCGUGACAGCGCUACCGCCUACCAUCGAGGCAAUUAAGUUAACCUGCCAGGCCAGUCUACGCCCAAACCCUGAAAUUCCAGAGUCUCGCUGGGAGUCUGAAUAUCAAUCGCAACACAAUCGCGCUCUGCGAAAUGGAGAACCCGACGAUUACAUUGAUAAUUGCUUCACCCCACGGCGAGGCUUUCAGCGAACCUGGCCUCGUUUGCUGUGCGAGCGCCUCAUGAAGGGUGACUAUCCGAACCUGAACGAUGUCACCUUGCCCGGCGAGUAUAUUGGUGCAAGUACAGCGCUGCACCUCGAAGAAAUGUUGAAAAGUUGUGCUGGAGCCUCGCCUCCGAGGGAGUUCAAAGUCACGUUCACGACUUUCGAUGCGGAGGGUAUCCCGACAAUACCAGAGGCGAUUCUUGGUCGUUGGCGAAUACACAAGUCGAAAUACGUGGAUGCGAGCCUCGAGUCCAAGGAGCUUGGCAGUAUCACCAUUUCUUCGAUGGCACCGGAUAUCCCCGGGGACAGCGAAAAUGACAGAGAGCCUCACCCAACAUCCUGGUCAGAGAAAAGACUCGCAGUCGAGUUAGCGCAUCACAUGGCGCAGAGGGAAGCUUUCGCUGAUGGGCCACUUUAUAGGAGUAAUUACGACUUGCCACCUAAAUUAUUAUUUUUUCCUGUUGAAGGGGAUACCUUGGAAGCAGAAACGCUAUGGAAGCCUUGUCCCAAAACGUCCGUAUAUAACGAAGGUACGAUGGAAUGUACUUAUGAUGAUGAAGGUGAGCCUAAGUUUAUUUAUAAACCACCUGAUGGUCAAUACCUGGAGUGGAGCGCCAUGAGAAUGUGGACCGCGCUGGGGCACGGCGCGCCGCGACAUGCGUACGCCGCGGCCAUGAGAUGGCUUCUGACCAGGCCCGAGGAUGCCUCCUUGAGGAAACUCGCCGCUCGUGCGUACCUGAAGGAUUGGGUCUUGAUUGGCGCGUUUGGUUUGGUGAGGCAGAUCAAGCCCGACCACUGCAUGCCCUGCGGUUUGUGGGAAGCCGCUACCGCCAUGUGCUCUGACCCCGACUUUGAAGACAAAAAAAUCAUGCAGCUGCCGCAGUUCCCAGUCAUCCAGGAACUGCUCAACACAGCCUACGAUUUGGCGAGAAUGUUGGAAAAGAGGGCGGCGGCGAACGUUCCGAACUCAGAUUUUGUACCCGACGGGGUUUACAUCACGCAGGCCGGAUUACGCAAGUGUUCCUCAGAUCCCGAGCUCGGUCGAGCGCUCAAAUGGCGCGGCUACUUUUGGCCCGGGCAGGACGAGCACGCGUUCCAUCGCGCCGUGAUGUGCGUUCUCCUCAAGCAUUGGGUCACCAUGGUGUUCGAAGACGAAGCGCUGCACCCGGGUAUCAUCGCCGAUCAAGUGAUUGCAGAGGUUGAAGAUGCGCUGUUCACGCAGCUCAUAGCCUACGACGUCGUCUCUGAUGCCAUCAAUGAACACUUCAGUUUUCACGGGAUGUUCUCUCGUAAGGACGAGGGCAGCAAAUCGCACUACAAAUUCAUCGACGAGCAGGGCAUGGCAAUCUCAGAAUGGGAAUGGGUGAAGGCACAUUAUGGACCCGGUCGCAGAUGGGCACAUUCAACAGAAGGUGGCAUAUUAUGUCACCCGAUCGAAUUGUUCUUUGAUUACCUCCAUAGUGGAUGUGCGUGGGCGAUGUAUGACGCCAUCUAUCGCAGUCUCGACUACCAACGGAUGAGAUUCGAGGGAACAAAUACUACGCUGAAUUACGCUAGUUUCGAUCGAUGGACCGAAACUCUGCUGCACAAUCUGCAUGGUGCCCCGAAUUGGAUUUACAGCGCACUCGAUCGACCUUGGCCCGAGAUGGAGGCGGCACUACGGAUCGCCACGAGGGUGAUCGCCGGCGUGAGAAACGAAAACGAUUUAAGAAAGCCCGAGAUUGACAGCAUCGCCCUCAUUCUCACCGGUGCGGCGCAGUGUUACCCUCAACAUCCAUGGCGCUUGGACACGUUUUCACACGACGGAUCCAGCGUUUCCUCUUCAUCGGAGGCGAUCAAAGAGCUCAACGACGCCGUCGAGGCGUUCUUCAGAAGAAGGAAAUUCGCGCCACUGCCGCGGGGUACCGGCGCGCACGACCAUCGACCGCUCAUCAGGUCUUGGGCGGAGUGGUUGCACGCGAUCGGGUCGCCUCCCCCGCUGACAAUCGACGACGCGCGCGCGAAACACGACGAGCUCGCCGCGGGCAACUCGGAGUACGAGCGCCUCGAGGCUGAGCUCGCGUCGGUCCACGCGCGCAUGGACAAGUUGGGCGGCAAGCUUCGGAACGUCCGCUCGGAGCUUCGAACCAGCGCCGCGUUCCACCGGGUCCCCGCGGCGCGUUACCUGAGCGAAGCCGCCGAGGGCUGGGUUCGGUUCAAACAGCCGCUGCUAAACUCUCCGCCGCGUCCGCGCCUUCGCCAGGCCAAGCUCGACCCGCGGCGGCCGUGGACGCUGGACAGCGCCCGGAGGGACAGCGCCGGAGGGGGCGUCGCCGGGCGCGCUCGAGCCGCGCACGCGCUUCGCCGAGUGCCGUCGCCGCUCACCGACGUCCCGGAGGAGAUGGAGGAGCUCGCGGAGCUGGACGAGGCCGCCGCGGACGCGCUCCGGAGGCUCUUCGAGCACUGCGACGCCGCGGCGGCCUACGUGGACGACGAUUUGGACGUGAACGGCGGGGCGGGUUGGUCCAGGGUGGAUGACGGUCACGGCUACGCGGAGCGCGGGGUCCUCGGCCGGGGUCCCGACACGGCGACGUUGGCGACGUACGUGCACGAGCGGGAGGUGGCCGAGCGGUGCGACGACGGGGAGCGCGGCGGUGGCGGCGUGGGCUCGAUCCCCGUCGAGAGCACGGCGCGUCGGAGCCUCGGGAACGUGCUUCGCGUGCUCGGCGCGAACGAAGCGUCGAGGCGGUUGGUUGACGGGUGGCUCGGGCUCCUGGACCGCGCACAGCUGGCGCGUGCGGCGAGGCGGCGCGGGGAAGACGUGGACUUUGACGUGGACGACGCCCUCGCCGCGAGCGUGCCGCAGCUGUACACGGGGAAGGACGUGCGCGAGGUUUCGUACAGGGACGUCGAGGGCGCGUUGGUUCGGCGCGGCGGGGAAUCGGAUAGAUCGGACGACGCAACCGAGACACGCGUGGAAAGUUAG